CAAGUUACAAACCCCCAAUUGCAUUCCCCCGUUCUGUCAUUUCGUUCCACCGUCUGCUCACCGUCCAUCCUUUGUAGCCCUAAGCUUAAGUAGCCUUUUUGUAAUCAUGGACGCUCGUCUCCGCCGCGUGAAUAAAGAAAUCGCUGACUGCAAGAACGAUAGAUCUUCAAAUAUCAAAAUUGACUUAGUCGAUUCAUCGCCAUUUCACCUGAAGGGAUCCUUCCCAGGUCCUCAGGACACGCCAUACGCGGGUGGUCACUUUGAAGUGGAUAUUGUUAUCCCCGACUCAUAUCCGUUCCAACCUGUCAAGAUGAAAUUCAUCACAAAAGUGUACCACCCAAACAUAUCAUCAGCGUCCGGAGCUAUCUGUCUUGACAUCCUCAAGGAUGCGUGGUCGCCUGUCCUAACUCUCAAAUCAACGCUGAUCUCGCUUCAAUCGCUGCUGUGUUCUCCUGAGCCUAAUGACCCGCAAGACGCGGAGGUCGCGAAACAUUAUACCACUAGCAAGCGGAGCUUCGACGAGACAGCCAGGUACUGGACACAGAUAUAUGCCGGAGGGCCUGCAGUCAAGAAGAUGGAAGUGAAGGAGCCACCGAGAGAUGAGAUCGCAAUAGCGGGUCUUGAGAGAGCCCAUGUAGAUCAAUUCGAGAGUCUUGGUUUUGAGCGCCCAAAAGUCAUCGACGUUCUUCGGAGAUUGAACUACCGUGGCGCGAACGUUGCCAAUAUAUCGGAAGAUAGGAUUGUAGAAGAGCUUCUGAAAUGACAUCGAUGUCGACAUACCCCGCAUGUGAUUUCUAACGUUGAUUCUUGUAUUUUUUUCCCGCUGUGAAUGCCAUCCGUUACUUGAUUUUAUGUUUUCAGUACUCAUCGGGCGGAUAACACUCGGACCGACUGAUGAGUCCCAGGUUUGUGGAAA